AUGCCUAAAGAAAAAUCUGUCACCCGAAAGGUCGGAAAGCCUAAACCAGAAAGAAAGAAGAAAGACCCCAAUGCACCCAAGCGUGGACUCUCUGCUUACAUGUUCUUCGCAAACGAACAGCGCGAGAACGUAAGAUUAGAGAAUCCGGGAAUCACAUUUGGCCAGGUUGGAAAGAUGCUUGGAGAGCGAUGGAAAGCCCUUAGUGAAAAGCAACGCAUCCCUUACACGGACAUGGCAAUGAAGGAUAAAACACGAUACGAGGAACAAAUGGCUAAUUAUGCUGCCCAGGCUAGUGCCGAAGAAGAAGACGAACUGUCUUCAUAG